GCAAUAUGGAUGUGAGGUGGUAGUAGCCCAUAUCUAUAACACGUUCUUAAUUAAUUUGUUGAUAAGUGUUGUCACGCAUCGUUCAGCUCCAUUUUCCAGUCUAUAAAUACUUCAUCAAAUCCAAUCUGCUUCAAAGAUCAUCAAAUCUACCUUCGGUUCUCUCAGAUGGAAUUCAAGCUUCUCCACGUUUAUGUACUUUUUUCUCUAGCACUUGUAGGAAGUCAUGCAGUGACUCCUGAAGUGUAUUGGAAAUCUGUAUUGCCAAACACUCCUAUCCCAAAAGCAAUCAAGGAUCUUUUAUACUCUAAAGCAUGGGAUGAUGGAUUGGAAAAAGUUUCCACAAGUACCGCAUCCAAUGAUGAGGUAGAAGAUGAUUUGAAGAAAGUUCCUUCCGUAUCAUCCAAGGAUGCGGUAGAAGAUGGUCUUGAGAAUACUGCUUUCUUUUACGUCGCACCCAAGGAUGAGGUAAAAGAUGAUCUUGAGAAUACUGCUUUCUUUUACGUCGCACCCAAGAAUGAGGUAAAAGAUGACUUGAAGAAAGUUCCUUCCGUAUUAUCCAAGGAUGCGGUAGAAGAUGGUCUUGAGAAUACUGCUUUCUUUUACGUCGCACCCAAGGAUGAGGUAAAAGAUGAUUUGAAGAAAGUUCCUUCCGUAUCAUCCAAGGAUGCGGUAGAAGAUGGUCUUGAGAAUACUGCUUUCUUUUACGUCGCACCCAAGGAUGAGGUAAAAGAUGAUUUGAAGAAAGUUCCUUCCGUAUCAUCCAGGGAUGCGGUAGAAGAUGGUCUUGAGAAUACUGCUUUCUUUUACGUCGCACCCAAGGAUGAGGUAAAAGAUGAUCUUGAGAAUACUGCUUUCUUUUACGUCGCGCCCAAGGAUGAGGUAAAAGAUGGUCUUGAGAAUACUGCUUUCUUUUACGUCGCACCCAAGGAUGAGGUAAAAGGUCAUCCCCGGAAACUUCCUAUCUUUAAUGGCUCAUGCAAGGAUAAGGUAAAACAUCAUCACCAUUAUGAUGCAUCCCAUAAUCACCAAAAAGAUAACUCACUUGCAAAACCUUUCUUAGAAAAAGAUUUGCAUGAAGGCAAAGAAUUCAAGUUGUAUUUCAUGAAAAAUGACCAAAAAACGGCAUUUCUACCUAAAAACAUCUCUGAUUCGAUACCCUUUUCAUCAAAAAAUCUUCCCGAAAUCUAUAAUAAGUUUUCAGUUAAACAUGACUCAAUGGAAGCCAAAAUGAUGAAGCAAACAAUUGACAUAUGUGAACACAAAGGCGUCGAAGGUGAGGAAAUAUUUUGCGCAACUUCAUUAGAAUCCAUGGUCGAUUUCACUACCACAAAAUUAGGUAAAAGGGUCAAAGCUCUUUCAACAGAAGUAUACACUAAAGAACCUACCCCAUCACAAAACUACAAGAUCGAGUCAGUCAAAAAGCUUAUAGCAAAUAAACUCGUGGUUUGCCAUAGGCUAAACUACACCUAUGCUGUCUUUUAUUGUCACAUAAGCGUUGGUACCGAGUCUUAUGUGGCUUCUUUGGAGGGUGCUGAUGGUACCAAAGUGAAAAUCGUCGUGAUUUGCCAUACUGAGACCUCAAAAUGGGACCCGAAACAUAUAACAUUUCAAUUGCUUAAUGUUACUCCAGGAAGUGCAACGAUUUGCCAUUUUCUACCUGAAGAUCAUGUUCUUUGGGUACGCUCUAGUAAAAACGACACACUAUAUAUGUAGCUAGUGUGUGAUGGUGUGUGCUUUAACUAUGACCGGCGAUGAUGCUACGGAUUUUAACUUUGGUUAUGUUUGUGUGUUGUAUCAGUUUGUAUUGAAAAUAAAAUAAAAUUGUCCUUGUGAUUA